AUGAUUCUGUCCCCAGCAGGCCUUCUCGCGCUUACGAGUUGCCUCAGCACUGCUGUUGCGCAGAGUAGCCAGCCGGUGCCCUACAAAGUUCAGACGCCGCCUCUUGAUACUGAGUGGACGUAUAAAGUUGGCACCAAUCCAUGGCCAGAAUAUCCCCGACCACAGCUCCAGCGUGAUAGUUGGCAAAGCCUUAAUGGCAUUUGGACAUUCCAGCCUGCCAGUCCUGGGGCCGACUCAGGCAGUCCUCCUGAAGGCAAGCUCCAACGCGAGGUGCUCGUGCCGUCAUGCGUUGAAAGCGCACUUUCGGGACUGCAGACCUUGAACGUCACUGAUAUGUGGUUUGCGACCAGCUUCAAGACACCAAAAAGCUGGAAUGGCCAAAAUGUCAUUCUCAAUUUUGAAGCAGUUGACUAUCAGGCAACGGUGUUUGUGAAUGGUGUCAAGGCCGGGAACAAUACCGGAGGAUAUUUCCGAUUCGGGUUGGAUAUCACCAAACUCCUCAAAUCCAACGGAGAUAACAGCUUAACCGUCUUCGUUCAUGAUCCUACAGAUCUAGAUGUCAUCCCAAUUGGAAAGCAGACUCGAAAUCCUAGCCACAUCUUCUACAGAUCUUGCUCUGGAAUAUGGCAAUCCGUAUGGCUAGAGAGUGUGCCUGCCAAUCAUAUAACUGCACUUGAUGUCGCUGCUGGCAUGGAUGGCACAGUCACCGUGACGGUUCACAGCUCAGGCAAACAGGGCGUCUCGGCCAAAGUGUCCGUUAUCGGACUCAAUGGUCGCGCCAUUGCUUCGCAUAAUGGGCCUGCAGAUAAGGAGUUCAGUUUCAAGAUUAAGCAACCAAAACUGUGGUCUCCAUCGUCUCCAACUCUGUAUAACUUGACAGUGACACUGGGCGAUGACGAAGUAUCCAGCUACACUGGUUUCCGCUCAAUCACGAGCGGCAAGGUCAAGGGAGUUCAAAGACCGCUGCUGAACGGAGAAUUCACUUUCAUCUUUGGUACGCUCGACCAAGGGUUUUGGCCUGACGGGCUUUAUGCGCCUCCCAGCAGAGAAGCUAUGGUAUAUGACCUAAAGAUGCUCAAAAGCCUAGGUUUCAAUGCAGUCCGAAAGCAUAUCAAAGUUGAGCCUGAUUUGUUCUACCGAGCUUGUGAUGAAAUGGGCUUGAUGGUCAUCCAAGAUAUGCCCAGUCUUGUUGCGGAUGGUAGUCGACCUCCUAACCCGGACCAGCAGGCGGAAUUUCAGCGCCAGCUCGAGAUUCUGGUUCAUGAGCAUAAGAAUUAUCCGUCUAUUGUGACUUGGAUCAUCUAUAACGAAGGAUGGGGACAGCUCCCGGGUCCUCCAUAUCCCGAGCAGAGCCUUGUAGAGGUAGUGCGCAGCAUCGACCCAACAAGACUAAUCGACGCCACCACCGGUUGGAAUGACCAUGGCUUCGGGGAUUACUCUGACAACCACCAUUACGCCAAUCCGCAAUGCGGUACGCCAUUCUAUUCCACGCCGUCCAGACCAUAUGACUCCAGCCGCAUUGGAUUCCAGGGCGAAUGGGGCGGCAUCGGCCAUAAUGUGUCGAUUGAGCAUCUUUGGAAAGUCCAAGAGGCGAUCAACACCAUCAACCAAACGUAUGAAGUCAACGCCGACCUCAGCUCCUACAACUACCGCGCGAGCGUCUUGUUCCGCGAGUUCCUCGACCAGGUGGAACGCUAUGCUUGUAGCGGCGGCAUCUGGACACAGACAACUGAUGUCGAAGGCGAAGUAAACGGCUUGUUGACGUACAACCGACGUCUUCUCAGACCAAACGUGAGCCAGUGGAAGAAGGAUAUCAAGAGCUUAUAUACGGCGGCAGCUGGAAGACGAUGA